AUGACUGAAGAAGUAAGCAGCAAAAACUAUGCAAGCAUCUCCAUUAAUCCCCCUGUAACAAGUGUGGAUUUCAACUGCCCCUACUAUCUUCAUCCAUCUGAUUCUCCUGGGAUGAAUCUGAUCAGCUCAGUGUUUGAUGGAAGAGGAUUUCCAGGAUGGAGAAGAUCUAUCCUAAUAGCACUUUCAGCCAAGAGAAAGCUUGGUUUCAUCAAUGGCAGUUGUCAAAUGCCAGAUUUGACUUCUCCAGAUUUCUCUCAAUGGAGUUGUUGUAAUGAUAUGGUGAUUUCUUGGUUGUUAAAUGCAUUAUCCAAGGACGUUGCAGAUAGUGUUAUCUAUUCCACUACAGCUAAGGAGCUAUCGGAUAGUUUUGAGCAAAGAUUUGGAAAAUCAAAUGGAGCCAAACUCUUUCACAAAGAUGUGUCAGGAUAUUUCACAAAGAUGAAAAGAAUUUGA